AUGCUUCCAGCCUGUGGUUUGGAGAGGCAGCUGACUGAGCAGAAGCUGGAGAUAGAUGGUGUGAGGGGGGAGAUCUCCAGUGUGUCUGAGAAGGCAGAACAGGAGAAAGAGGGCCUGAAGAAGGCGACCCGUGUCCAGAAACAGAGGGCCGAGAGUUUCGAAGCUGCUGUGUAUAAAUGUUACUCUCAGCUGAGGGAGAAGAAAACCAUCACUGGCCCAGGGAGGUAUGACAUCCAGGAUUUCACUGAGAACCGGGAGAAGAAGCCAUGCACUGUGAGACGUGACAUCAGUAAGGUUUAAAGACUUCAUGAAGGUACU